UUGAGGGUGAUUUGAGGUUAUGUUUUCGACGAUUUAAAAAUCAUAACUAUCGAAAAAAUAAUAAUUGUAAAUAGGUAUUCCUACCAAUAAUGGCUUUAUUAAAAACUUUCACAAUACGUAGUGUUUUUUCAGGCACACACAGGGCUAUAAUAUCUUCUCUAAGAUCUUAUUCUUCAACCCCAGUUGUAGCCGAAGAAGAUGAUGCACCAGUGGAAAUAGAAAACCCUUAUAAAAAAGAAAAACCGCAGUGCAUACUUUGCAAGCUGAACAUUACGCCAGACUAUAAAAACUACAGAUUAUUAUCUCAAUUCCAGAGCCCUUACACUGGAAGGAUAUAUGGGAGACACAUAACUGGCUUAUGUAAAGCGAAACAAGCAUUAGUCAAAUCAGAAAUCAGGAAGGCACAGAACUGUGCAUAUUUGCCAUAUUACUAUAAAGACAAGGCAUUCUUGAAAGACCCUAGGCUAUUUGAUCCGGAAAAUCCGAUCAGAUCGCACAGAUUUUAAUUUAAUUAUGAAUUAAAACUUAAAAGCAACAAUUAUUUAAUACAUGUUAUCUAGAGAACAUGUGUUCUAAAUACAAACAGCCUUCUUAUUAAUGCACUUUAAAAUAUUAUGGUUAUGAUUUUUUACUAGGCCAUUUUGUAUUUGCUUCGACCGUUGCUUUCUAAUAGGUAAAAUAAUAGAGUAGAUCUAUGAAAAAUGUUAUUGAAAAGAAAUGUUAGUGGAAUAAGUAGUUUAGUGUUUGUGUAUGUUUAAAUAGAAAAAUCAGCUUAUUUGUUUUUUAUUAGUUCUCUGCAAAUUGUCAUAAAAAUGGGUAAAACAAGAUCUUAUU